AUGCUUCCUGAACUUGUGCAACUCGGCCAGCUUCACAUCAAACAUGCAGCAUCUCUAUGUUUGGUAGCAACCUUGAUCUGGCUUGCUACUUCUGUGGUUCGCUUCUCGAACAAAGGAAGCGACAGAAGAUCAGCUCAAGUUGAGAGGAAAUCGUCUUCAACAUCACUGAUUCAGAAGCCAACCAGAAAACCCGGAGAAUGGAUACCCUCAGACUUCAAGAGGCCGACCGCCUCUCCAUAUCCAGACUGGGAUGUCCAUGCAACCAAGCCGAUCCCAUAUCGACCAUUCAGAUAUGGCCCCAAGUAUUUCAUCACGAUGGGUUUGAGAAGCAUGAAGUGGGACGAAUGGAUCGAGCUGGACAAUCACUACCUACGGUAUCAUGCCGACAAAGCACGUCGAAUCAAGGAGAGGGGAACGAAAUGCUGCAAAACCGCACCCGAAGCGAUGGACGGUGCCAUUGAGCUACUGGAAGAGCUUACCUCCUACCUCCCCGAAAGAUACCCCUCCAUGUUCCGCAAAACCGCAACAGGCAUUGCCAACACUAUCACUGGCGAAUCCUUCAACACCACCCAGCGCCCCCUCCCCGAGGACCCCAUGACGACCUGCGCGCGACUCAUCCAAGACGACCUGGCACUUAUGUUCGAAAAGCCCGACGGCGAGUACUACCUCCUCGCAGGCGCGAUCCUUCUCGCCGGCUUCUGGCGCCUCGAAGACAAAUUCGGCAUGCGCCUCUCAGAGAUCCACACCUCCGGCGACGUGCCGGGCUUCAAGACCAAGCUCGAAAAGGGUAUGAUGAACUUCUUCCGCCGGAUUCGGCCUGAAGACCCCGUGCUUCGCAACAACUACUUCAUCCAGGUCGACGACGAGCUCGCCUGGUCGCAUAGUAUCGGGUCCGAGGACGCGGCCGUCGUCUCGUGGAACACCGCGCAGAAGAACAAGGCCAUCGAGCAUCAUUACUUCCGGUCCGAGAGGCAGAGUCUGCGCCGGCUGCCGCGGUCCGGGGCGGUGGUGUUUACGAUCAGGACGUACUUUGAGCCGAUCACGGAGAUUGUGAAGGAGCCGUAUGUGCCUGGUCGGCUUGCCUCUGCGAUUCGGAGUUGGGAUGCGGAUGUGGCGCGGUACAAGGGCCGGGAAAAGUACGAGGAGGUGUUGCUGGAGUAUCUGGAUAAGAAGCACGCGGAGCAGGUUGCUGCGGGCCUGGAUCUGGACAGGGAGGAUGAGGUUCGAAGUUAUCCUUUUUGA